CCUUCCUCCUCUCCCUUUGUCUUCUUGCUCACUUCUUCUCUCCUCUUCCCAUUCGAUUUUCUCUCUCCUGCAGUUUUCCCGCGAACUGUUGAGCGAGCUAACGAUGAACCCACCUGACCAGAACCAAGGUCAUUUACCUUCGAUUUCUUUCCCCCAAUUUUCGACCUACCCUUCGCCGGCGAGCUCGAACCCUAAUUCCGAAACCGGUUUGACACCUUUUCCGAAUUCGAUCUCCAACUCUAUCUCAAACCCUAGUUUUGAGCAGAUUGUAUCUUUCUCCGCGCCGAAGAAACGGAGGAGAGGCCGUUCGCAGCGCACGACCUCUUUUCUUCUCCCUUCAUUGCCUAAUCUUGCUCCCCUCUCCGUCAACAGUAAUUUCGCAUCGUCUUCAACCUCUGUUUCGGCUGCUUCAGGUAGAGUGAAUGUAGAUGGCCAGGAUUCUAAAAAACCACCUGGGAUUGGUGAUGAGAUCAUCACGAUCAACAAGGAGGCCACGUCUGAAGCUUUGAUCGCUCUCACAGCUGGGUUUCCUGCUGAUAUGCUCACAGAGGAGGAAAUCGAUUUUGGCGUGGUGCCUGUUGUUGGGGGCAUUGAACAGGUUAAUUACAUCCUGAUAAGGAACCACAUCAUAGCGAAAUGGCGGGAAAAUGUAUCCAGUUGGGUCGUAAAGGAGGUGUUUCUUGAUUCAAUUCCUAAACAUUGCAGUACCCUUUUAGAUUCAGCUUAUAAUUACUUAGUCACGCAUGGAUAUAUAAACUUCGGUGUAGCACAGGCAAUUAAAGAGAAGAUUCCUUCUCAACCUAGCAGGCCUAGUGUGGUUAUUGUGGGUGCUGGAUUAGCUGGGUUGGCUGCUGCAAGGCAGUUGCUGAGGUCUGGGUUUAAAGUCACGGUUUUGGAGGGUAGGAAACGGCCCGGUGGGCGGGUUUAUACCAAAAAGAUGGAAGGUAGUAGGGUAGGUGCUGCAGCGGAUUUAGGAGGGAGUGUUUUGACUGGAACGUUAGGAAAUCCUCUAGGGAUUGUAGCAAGGCAGCUCGGUUGUUCUCUUUACAAGGUGCGAGAUAAGUGUCCGAUUUACCUGGUGGAUGGUAAACCAGUUGACGCAGAUAUGGAUAUGAAGGUUGAGACAGCUUUUAACAGGCUUUUGGAUAAGGCAAGCAGACUUAGGCAGUUGAUGGGUGAGGUUGCCAUGGAUGUCUCCCUCGGGGCAGCACUCGAGACAUUUAGGCAGGUCUAUGGGGAUGCAGUGACCAGAGAAGAGAUGAGCUUGUUCAAUUGGCAUCUUGCUAACUUGGAGUAUGCAAAUGCAGGCUUGGUAUCAAAGCUCUCCCUUGCAUUUUGGGAUCAAGAUGACCCAUACGAUAUGGGUGGAGAUCACUGCUUCUUGCCUGGAGGAAAUGGAAGGCUAGUUCAGGCUUUGGCUGAGAAUGUUCCAAUCUUAUAUGAGAAGACCGUUCAGACAAUUAGAUAUGGGGCAGAUGGCGUGCAGGUUAUUGCAGGAAGUCAAGUGUAUGAGGGUGAUAUGGUGCUGUGUACAGUUCCACUUGGUGUCCUCAAGAAUGGCUCAAUCAAAUUUAUACCCGAGUUGCCUCAAAGAAAGCUUGAUUGCAUAAAGAGACUAGGUUUUGGGUUAUUGAAUAAAGUGGCGAUGCUUUUUCCCUAUGUGUUUUGGAGCACAGAUCUUGAUACCUUUGGCCAUCUUAGUGAGGAUCCUAAUUGUCGAGGUGAAUUCUUUCUAUUCUACAGCUACGCACCAGUUGCAGGUGGUCCUCUCUUAAUUGCCUUAGUUGCUGGAGAAGCUGCUCAUAAAUUUGAGACAAUGCCUCCCACUGAUGCAGUGACUCAUGUUCUUCAGAUUCUCAGAGGGAUAUUUGAACCACAAGGAAUUAAUGUCCCUGACCCCAUUCAAACUGUCUGCACAAGAUGGGGUGGCGAUCCCUUCAGUUUAGGCUCUUACUCUAAUGUUGCAGUGGGAGCUUCAGGUGAUGAUUAUGAUAUUUUAGCAGAAAGUGUGGGAGAUGGAAGGCUUUACUUUGCUGGCGAAGCCACGACUAGGCGGUACCCUGCAACCAUGCAUGGAGCUUUCCUUAGUGGUCUGAGGGAAGCUGCAAACAUGGUUCAAUCUGCAAAGGCCCGAGUCAUGAGGAAGAGAAUUGACAGGAACCCAUCAAAGAAUGCCCAUUCUUGUGCUUCCCUUCUUGCAGAUCUAUUCAGGGAGCCUGAUGUUGAGUUUGGGAGCUUUUCUAUUAUCUUUAGUCGAAAGAAUCUUGAUCCCAAAUCUCCAGCAAUAUUGAGGGUAACUUUGAACGAGCCUCAUAAGAGGAAUGAGGAUCCAAAAGCAGAUCAACAUUCAAAUAAGAUACUGUUUCAGCAGCUUCAGUCUCAUUUCAACCAGCAGCAGCAAAUUCAUGUGUAUAUGCUGUUGACAAGGCAACAGGCGCUUGAGCUUAGAGAAGUUAGAGGUGGUGAUGAAAAGAGAUUGAACUAUCUCUGUGAGACACUUGGAAUGAAGCUUGUGGGAAGGAAAGGUUUGGGUUCUGCAGCCGAUUCUGUCAUAGCUUCUAUUAAAGCUGAGAGAACGGGUCGUAAGACACCAUCAUCUUCCUCCAGCAUAAAAUCAGAAGGGAUUUUGAAGGCGAAAUCUGGUGCUUUGAAGCGAAAAUUGAUCAGAAGGGCUAAAGUGGUAAGCAAUGGCAAAGGACCAGUGGUUUCUCAAAGUACAGACACGGUAAAGAACAAUGUAGCAGAAAUGAUGAAAGCUGAAUCUUUAGGUAAUGGUAAAGCGUCUGAACAACCCUCAACAGCCAACAAUAUAGGCAGUAGCAUGGUGGAAGAAACAAAGUCUAUUACAGGACUCCCUCAUGUAUCAAGUUCAGGUCCCGAGCAAGCCGACUUGAUGAAGAGAUGAUCAAAUGAUGAACAGUCCUCUUUCAGAUGAUAAUUCCCAAGUGGAUCUAAGUCAGGGUUUUUCUUAACCAUCUCAAGAUUGAACAAAUCACCUUCCUGUUUCAUAACACGGGAAAGACAGUUUGCUCAACUUGUCUUGAGAUUCACCCAUCACUUCUAGUUCUAAAACCGAUGCAUCCCCGAAUAACAUCAGUCAGUCUUGAGGCGUCGGAGAAGCCAUUCCGAACGAAUCUCGAGACAGAAAAAGAUCGAAAUGGAAUCUUUUCGGGUAAAGAUUCAUUCAUUGGCUCAUUGAUUCAGCAGUUGGAAUUGGGGAGAGGAAGAAGAACGUUGGUGACAAAUGACCCCUCUCUCUGCUACACUCUCACUUCCUCUGUCUGCAGGUGAGUUGAUAUAUGUAUUGUUUGGCUUCUUAUUUCACUGUCUUGACCUCAAAGGUAGAAACUUGUCAGCUUGUAUUUUGCAAAGUCCUUACCUUUAGAACAUAUAUGUAUAUGUAUUUAUUUUUUUUGGUCCUUUUAAA